CCCCCUCUGUCCAGAGUGGUUCAGUCCGCUGCGUGCUGUUAAAGUGAAAGUGAACCAGCGUGUUUUGAGCGGAGACGUUAUUAAUGAGGCCGUUUUCUGUUUCGGGUUAUUAAUAAACGUUUAUUUUAGGUAAUAAAGCUUAUUCGCUGUCAUACCUGCGCGCGGACACGGCUGGCUGCCAGUAGCUAUAGCAACAGAGCGGCCAUAUCAGGCGAGCUCAGCUGAGCUGACCUCAACCUGCGAUAAGAACGGCGCAGUCGGGCUGGUAACACGGUGGGCUCGUGCGCUGGGCUCGUGCGCUGGGCGGCUGUCCGGCUCGGUGAGCGACUGAAACCAGCCGAAUAUAUAACGAUAAUCCCCGCCUGGGCGAAGGAGGGCCGGGCUGGACUGGAAGAAGCGCUGUGCGGCCGCGGGUUGACUGACUCUUGUGGCCGGGCCAGGGCGCGAUGAGCUCGGUCGGGAGGAGCGGGCUGAUCGGGCUGGGUGUGGGAGUCACCCUGAGCACCGGGGUCAUCGCCUUUCUCAUCAUCAGAGAGAUGCUGCGGCGGAGGAACCAGCGGCUCCUGCUGGAGACCGGCGGCCCGGGACAGCUGGUGGUGGACGGGCGGCUUCCCCUCACACAGCGCGGCCGAGACCCGGCAUUGUUGGCGUCUGCGCUGCGUGGUUUGACCCCAGAGCAGCACGUUGAGCUGAGGAACACGCUGGACGAGGUGAUGAUGAGUGUGUCCAGCCUGAGGAAUGAAGUGGCCGAGCUGCGGUCCGGCCUAAGAGAGAUCGCGAGCACCAUCAUCGAGGAUGUCCGAAAGGGAGUGGAGGAGGGUCAGAGGUCACGCCGGAGACGUCACUACUUGCCACGGGAGCGUUCAGACUCCAUGAGCUCCAGCUCCAUCUACUUCACAGCCAGCACUGGCCCAUCCAGUCUGUAUGGCGACAGCGAGGGAGGAUAUACCACAGCCUACUCCAACGUAGAAUCCGACUACACGGACAGAGAGACGGAUAAGGAGGAAAACGGUGAGGAGGAGGAGGAUGAUAAUGACUCCGAGGAUGAAGAGGAGAGGAGCUGCGCGACGGUGCUGACGCUCAGGCAGGAUGACUCUCAGGCUGAGGAGGAGGAUGGAGAGGAUGAUGAAGGAGCGAUGGCGGCGGCGGCGGUAACGGAGGAGCCGAGUCCCGAACUGGCCCUUCUGAUCACACACAGCGACCUGCUGCAUGCAGGGGAUUCUGGGAAAAAAGCGGAGGGGUUCCAUCUGCUGAGAGAAAACAAACCACUGUAUGCCGACAGUGUAGAGUUUCUAUGGCGACUGGCUCGAGCCUACAACGAUAUGUGUGAGCAUACAGAGGAUCAGGAAGAGAGGCGGAGCUACGCAGAGCAAGGUCGGGAUGAGGCAGAGGCGGCGCUCCAGCGGAACGGACUGAACGCCGAAUGCCACAAGUGGUUUGCUGUUCUGACCGGUCAGUCGUCGCAGUACGAGAGCAUGCACGGUAAACUGAAGAACAGCCACAUUCUGAAGGAGCAUCUGGACCGAGCUCUGUCCCUCCGAGACGAUGACCCGCUCUGCUUCUACCUGCUGGGCCGCUGGUGCUUCGAGGUGAGCAGGCUGAGCUGGGUGGAGAAGAAGGCGGCAGCUGCUCUGUUCGACACUCUGCCCAACUCCUGUCUGAAUGACGCUCUGGAGAACUUCCUCAGGGCUGAGGAACUGAACCCCGGGUUCUCCAGGACUGUGAGACUGUACAUCGCCAAGUGUCAUAAGGAGCUGGGGAAUCACUCAGAGGCUCGAAACUGGGCUCAGCUCGCACUGAGCAUGCCCAGCACCACCAGCCAGGAAACUGGCAUUUCUGGGCUGGAGGUGGAGCUCCAGGCUUUGAUUGACAGCACAGCAGACAGCUAAGGCGGGGCUUGGAGGAUGAGAACCCAUCAGUGUAGGACUGUUUACAGCAGCCCAGAGUCUGCGCUCACUCUGCUCUACACGGCGUUUCUGUGAGGAUCCUCCAGCGAAUCUAUCAGCAGGUCUACUAAAGGAGUUAUUUUGGUGAUGCUGUCGUCUUAAAAUCGUGUGUGAUCACAGUGUGCAAACAGGAGUGCAUCACAACUUUAAUAUGAAGGAUAUUUCACAAAGCAUGUUUAGCUGGAGAACUCUAGCCAGAACUGAAGACUGUCCAGCGGGAAUGUCCCUCACCUCUUCUCCUAUUGGACGGGCUUGACUUCAGGCUUAAAUGAUCCGGCUAACAGAGAAAUCCUGCUUUGUGAAAACCCUCCUGGUCUUGAAAACUGACAUUAUAAAUCAUUCCAAAUUUUAAAAACACAUUUUUUCAAAUCUAAAAUCCAGAAAUUAGAUUCCAGUCCUGGAUUUUGUAUUGACCAGUAGGCCUCACACUAGGUGGCCACUCAGUUGCAUCAAGAGUGAACAAGCGAGCACAAAAUCCAGGACUGGAAUCUGGAUUUGAAGAGGUCUGUUGUAAAACAUCGCUGUGAUGUGAAAACCUCGUAACCUCGCUGUCAUUUUGUGAUAAACGGACCAAAAUAUGAUUCUAAAUUUAAAAAUAAAACAUUUCAAUUAAAAUCUAGUGGCAAAAUUUUAGGAGGUACGAGGUUUUGCAACAACAGUGAUGGGGAAAAAAGGGUACAGUACUCACUGACCUUAACAGGGGAACUCGACCAAAUUUUCAAACAUUCCUGCGUAGUUCAGUGUGUGAGAUGUAAACAGAGUGAUUCAGAGUGGUUUGGUGUGAAAUGGUUCAGAUGUCUUUACAGUGGUGGUGAUAGGAACCAGGGGUCACCAUGACUACAACACAAAUAUAGACAUUUUAUUUACUAUCCAGAACCACCAGUGAACCUACACGAGUCUUCUGAGUUUAUAUGGAAUGUUGAUGAUGGAAAAUAGUGGAAAAUCUGAAAUAAUAAGUUUUCUUUGGGGACUAUUUUGCCUCACAGCGCCCUGCAUGUAUCCCUCCACCAUGAAUGGAGUUUGAGUUCUCUAAACUAUCCUAAAACAGUGUCUCAGUCAUCAGGCAGUGAAUUCAUAACCAUUUCAUGUAGGAACUUUCUGUGAGGGAGCUUUUAGAGGUGGACGUCUGGUCCCUAUCACCACCACUGUGAACAAUUCUUUUGGAGCGUUUCACACUAAACCACUCUGAAUGACUCUGUUUACAUCUCAACCAUUUAGUUAUGCAGAAAUUUGGAAAUAUUGGUGGAAUUCCCUUUUCCUGGGAGCAUCACUAAAGUGUACAGUGUUCUGCCUUUAACAGUUGAGCAUUUUUGCUGAGUUACAGGUGAGUUUGAGUGCUUCUUCCAGCAGGAUCCACCUGCAUGACUUACUGAAGUUCGUCUUUGUGCACGAUAUUUAUUAAAGUUGAACUAAUUUACAUUUUUCCUGAGAUAUAGUCGGGGCUGUGCUUAUACACCUGAUCUGAGUUCAGUCUAAAGGCAGCACUAAUUUUAAAGCAGUGGCCCAGAUAUUAAAUAUCAGCUAAAUGAAUCUGUUUGAGCUAUUUUGAGUAUUUAUUUUAGUUUCUUACGUUUUAAUUUGUUACUUAUAAUUUGCCUUGUUUUUAUGUGUCAUGGUUGCCGUGACCUUAAUAAUGAGUAAUUUAAGUACUGUUUUGAUUGAGGUGAAUAAUGAUAACCUCUAUAAUCCUCUGACUCCUUAAACAUUUACCUGAACGCCUGACAGAUUGUGACGUCUUGCAGAGAAACAUUCCAAGUGAAAAGUGUUUCAAUUUUAACACAAAUAAAGAGUGAAAUAUAAUGAAAACAUGA